UACAAUUCUGUUGUAAAUAAACGAAUGACAGAGACGGUGGUAGUAGUGAAAUUGCUACAAAAUUUGUAAUCAUUACGGAAUCCCAAUAUCUGACGGUGUAUUAAGUGUGCUGCCAGCCACUAGAGACAGACUGAGGGUAGCUACAAUAGUAGCUUGUGGCCAAUGCCACAGGCUCGGUCUGGCAACCUCUGCAAGAGCUAGCGAGUUGGCUUCAACAGACCUCUGGUGUCCCCGCCCGGCUGUUGGACUGAAGAGGGAGUUACCGGUCGUGCAAGUUGACAUGUCGGAGUUAAAUAAAGAAGUGGUGGAUUUGGUUUGGGGGAGACCCCCCAGUGGAAGAGUGUCUGCCUCUAUCUUCCGUAGAUGGACGCAAGGCUUUGUUUUCAGUGAGAGUGAGCACACAGCACUGGAGCAGUUUGAAGGAGGGCCAUGUGCUGUCAUUGCACCUGUCCAGGCUUUCCUCUUAAAGAACAUUCUCUUUAACAGAGAAAGUUCCAACUGGAGAAAGGCAUCAGAGGAGGAGCAGAAAACAACGCUGUGCUUGACAUUAAGUGAAAUCCUGGAGUCUGCCUGCUCCAGCUCCUCCACAGGGUUCUGCCUGGUGACCUGGGCAAAGGGACAGAGCCCACACAUGAGUACACAAUCACAGUUACAAAUGCAGGACAUGUCAGAGCCAGAGAGCAGCCAGUCACCACAGGAGCAGCAACCCUCUGCUUUGGCUGCAGAGGACCUUGGCUUUGAGCAGUUUCACAGUGUUCUUCAAAAGCGGACUGUAAUGUCAGUGUCUGAUCUCAAAGAAGAGAUGCUGUCUCUCUACCACACCUGGAGGGGGUGCUGUGGAGUCUUGCUAUUCCUCUACUCAGUUAUCCUAACCAAGGGAAUAGAGAAUAUACGAAAUGAGAUCCAGGACACAAUGGAACCACUCAUAGACCCUGUGCAUGGUCAUGGCAGUCAGAGCCUGGUUAACCUCCUUGUCACUGGCCAUGCUGUCUCUAAUGUCUGGGAUGGCGACAGGGAGUGUUCUGGCAUGAAACUACAUGGUAUUCAUAAACAGGCAUCCGUUGGCUUCCUCACACUUAUGGAAUCACUGCGCUACUGCAAGGUUGGGGCAUUCCUCAAGUCUCCAAAGUUCCCUAUUUGGAUUCUUGGCAGUGAAACUCACCUCUCUGUGUUUUUCACUAAGGAGAUGUCCCUGGUAGGUCCAGAGUCUUCAUCUGAACAGGCACGGAGAGUCUUCCAGUCAUUUGAUCCUGAAGAUAAUGGCUUCAUCCCAGAGUCUCUGCUGGAGGAUGUGAUGAAAGCCCUUGACCUUGUCUCAGAGCCAGAGUAUGUCAGUCUGGUGAAGAGUAAGCUGGAUCCAGAGAGUUUGGGCAUAAUCCUUCUGGGCCCGUUCCUGUUGGAGUUCUUCCCUGAUCAGGAUUCAGGAAUCCCAGACUCAUUUCCCAUCUACCACUACAAUGGACUCAAACAGUCCAACUACAACGAGAGGGUAGAGUAUGUGGAAGGAACAGCUUUGGUACUAGGUUUCGAGGACCCCAUGGUUCGGACAGACGACACUCCAGUCAAACGCUGCCUACAGACCAAGUGGCCCUAUAUCGAGCUGCUGUGGACCACCGACCGCUCGCCCUCACUGAACUAGCACUGAGACAGUCUGCGUGUGUCUUCGUAUGGGGACGGACCACUACUGCUCCACACACGCCUCGAUCCAGCUUCCCCUCUGCACGCCGACCCUGACAGAUCAGCUGAGGCACAUUCAAUGCAGACGAAUGAGAACAACACAAAUGGAUACAAACUGGAGACUUAAACUAAACAUACAGGCCUGAGAUCUCUUCUUUUCAUUCUCACUCACACAUUCCACACAAAUGUAAACCCACCUUUACAAGUCAUGCUCUUGUCCGUUCACCACAGCUUGUAAUUUCACACACAGGAUAUUUAUGGCUAUUGAAAUAUAACUGAAUGACUGUUUAUUUUUUAUUUCUAUGGUUGUGCUGUGUGCCGACACCUGCUACAACUUAGCAGUAGACAGUUAGACACUGUUUAGGAAACAGACUGGUUUGGUUUAAGGACUGGAGCAUCACCAGUCAACUGUGAGACACUACUGUUAAUCCAGCUGUAGGACUGUCCAAGGGAAAACCUACCAAAGCCUUCCAUAUAUGAGAACACACACAUGUAGUCAGACCCACUGAUAAGCAUUUACGAUGUAAAGGGACCAACCCAGAUGCAGAGAACUGGGGAUGUGAAUUGGAGGCAUUUUCACCAAGUUGAAGUUGGUUUACAUGCACUGUGUGUGCGCAUGCCCUUUGUGCACCACACAUUGAUGUUGGCCAAGUAUCAAUGUAUUUAUUAUCACACUCAAAGGUUCUGGAAUAAACACUUUUUGUUGAAA